AAGCACCAACCGCGAGAGCACACUGGACCCAGAGUCAAGCAGAGCCACCGCCCAGGCAGAAGAAUGUCAAACGAACUAAGCGAAAUGAUCGCCCUGGGGUGUCCGGAUCUUACGUCCCAGAGCGAGCUGAUCCUCAACACCGAGCGGCGUCUCAGCAUCAAGCAAAUGACGGCCACAGAUUUGUCCAAUCUUCGGGCUGCAGCUGCUGCGGAGGCUGCGGCCCAGGUCCGAGCCCAGGCCGAAGCAGAGGCGCGGGCCAUUGCCGAGGAACAGCGGCGUGUGGCCCAUGCCGCAGAGAUCAAGGCCAGGGCACGGGCCGCCCUUGAGGUGCAGGCACAGCUGCAGCGGGUCAUGGAGAGCGAGAAUCGCAGGCAGCACGAAAAGGAGGAGAGAGAGCAGCAGGAAGCUGACGAGGAGGAGGAGGAGGAUGAGAACGGUCCGGCCAAGGGCUCGCUGCCCACGAAUGCCGCACCACGCGAUCGUCUCACUUCGCUGCCCAACGUCCUGGACGAUGGCGGGGCACAGGGCACCUCCAAAGAGUCCUCCCCCGAGAAGAGCACUUCCCACCUGGCUGACUCCAUUGAGCUGCUGCGAAUGCAGCGUGCGGCACGCGACGCUCGUUCCAACCGCAACAGAGAGCGCUCCAUAUCGCCAGAACAGAGGAAUCGCGAGCGCAGCGCUGCCCCCGAUCGUCUGCAGAGUUCGGCGAGCGUGAGCAGCAUCGAUUCGACCAGCGUCAGUGCCUCGGUGUCCAAGGCAACCAGCCGUCGGGGCAGCACCUCCAGUGCGGCCAACGAACCGGCGGCUGAGCCUUCAGGGCUCGCGCCACCCAAUUUACCAACAAAGUUUCCGCUCACAAAGACCGUGUCGGCACCGAGCAUGAUGAAUCGGCGACGCAGCAGCCUGACAGCGCUCUUUCCGGGUCCCUCGCCACUGGUGGCACCCGAGCCCUCGCUCCACACCAAUCCACAGCCAGUGCCAGAGUCACAGUCCACGGCACAGGAGGAAGUGCAUGAGACACCCAGGUUGAUGAUUCGAAGAAAGACACCGCCGCCCGUGGGUGCCAAUCUGGGUGUGAAUCUGAAACGAGUGACCGCACCCAGUGGCUCCGUUACCAUCAAACCAAAAGAGUCACCCAUGCUGGGCGUGGUACUGCGGAAAGUGGAAAAGAAAGUUGUGCCCCAGAAGAGCAUCCUGGACGAUGACAAGCCCCUGUAUCACUUCUCCAUUGUGCGCAGCGAUCACAAGGAGCAUGUGCCGGCCCAGAAGCCGAUACCAAAGCCUGCACCGGUAAAGCCCAGUCCCGGUGGCAUUCUCACGGGGCCACAGGUGGUGCGGACCGUGAGGCAACCAGUGCCCGUCAAGCCACAGCGUCCGCAGAUGGGUGUGCCCAUCACCAUCACGAAGAUCCAGGGCGACAAGAUCAUUAUAAUCAAAAAGAUCAUUGUGCCGAAGAACAGUAAGAUACCGGAGCAGUAUCUACAGACAUCCUCCGCAGUUGCAGUGCCGCCACCACAUAGCCCCUCAAAGCCAAGCCCGAGCCCAAUCCCAAACCCAACGACUGCUGCGACUACGCUGAGAGCCAGGGAGGAUAAUUCCAGGGAAUCUGUGCCACCAGCCCACACCAACAUGCAGCAGGCGGCAGCUCCCCCAAAGCCCACACCGACGCCACCGGCGAGCGGGCAGCAGUUCUUCCAGCAGGUGGUCUCCCCACAGUUUGCAUCGGUGCUGUCGUCCAGCAUACCGGAGACCAAGUGUGCCGUGCGGUCGCCCAUCUCUUCGCCAUUGGCGAUCCGCAAGAAUCGGCCGCUGCUGCCGGCGAGUCCUAAGUCGACGCCGCCGCUGCCGAGGAAACAUCAUCCGCUGGCCUACAAUGCAGCCACUGGGACAAUUAGCGCCUCCGGCACGGCGCUGCCGUCGCGCCUGAUGACCACAAUUGCCUCGAGUCCCGCCUCGAGCUUCUCGCUGUCAUCCUCCUCAUCGCCAUCCUCUUCGCCACCGCCGCCAGUGCCGUGUCGAGCGCCCAAGAAGCAGCCGCUGCCUGCCUCUGCUUCGACUUCGACUGCAUCUGCGGCUGGGACGGAGAUCAGUCUGGACAAGCUGCUGCAGCAGCAGCAGGAGCUGCAGGAAAAGUCAGCGGCCGCCACGAACAGCGCCAAAUUGGAUGCCAAUUUCUACGAUGCAGAGAUCGAGAUGAUGAACAAGUAUCUGAAGAGUUUGCCGGACUACAGCGAGCUGGACAGGAAGCUGCACCAGGAGUUCCAGGAGUGUGAGGAUCUCUACGAUCGCCUGAAGCGACAGCAGCAGCCGCUGGCCAAGUCCAACUCGCAGCAAUCGGUGAAGACCGCUCCGGUGGGACCAGCAGCAGCAGCAGCUGCCUGUUCCUUUGGAUCAUCUGGGCCACUGUCCAAGUCCUCGUCCAUCAAUUUUGCACAGAAUCCCAGGGUACAGCCGCAGCAACAGCAGCAGCAGCAGCCGCCCCUCCGUCUGGCUUAUCCCUCGAUCUUCGCGCAGAACGGAGCGGAGCCCAAGCUGCAGCGCAGCAUCUCCAGCUCCAACAUGCCACAGAAUGUCAAUCCCUUCCGUCCGCUGCCCGGCAAGAACUGUCUGCAGAGCGGCUCGAAUCUGUCGCUGAACAAGCAGCUGAUGAACGACUUCUGGAGCGAAAACCUCAGUGGUGGCAGCGGCGGCGGCUCCUCUCAGAAGCGGCAAACGCCAAAGCGCACUUUUUGGAACUACGAAAAGAUCUGCGGGGCGCAGCUGGGGGAUGCGGGACAGCCCUUCAAGGUGGACGCGAAGACGGCCAAGAAGUUGGCCAUCUUUGAUCCCACUGUGGCGGAGGCGGCCCAGAAAGAGUUGCAGCGGCCACAGCAGGCGCCACAUGCCCACAAGCUGCAGAAGAACGCCUCGCUGUCGCAUCUGGAUCUCAAGGUGCGGCAGGCCGUCACCAAGGAUGAUCUCUACAAGCUCAUUUGCAAUGAGCAGCCACAAUCGCCAGCCACGAAUGGGAAUCCGAGUGGGACACAAUUUGUCAGUCGAGUGCCCGUCAAGCAGCAGCAGCAGAUGCCACAGCCGUUUCCACAGCAACAGCAGCAGCAGCAGCUGCAGGCACUGCCCAAGAGUGUCUCCAUGAGCCAUGUGCCAGGCGCAGGUCUUCAGCGCACCACCAGCCGCACCCACAUACCCUGCUACAUGAAGAACCUGCCAUCGCUGAGCAGAAGCACCUCCAAUUCGGCGAUACUGAUGUCGCAGACACAACGAAAGGAGGCGCCGCCAGCAGUAGCUCCUCUUUUGGCUAAGCAGCAACCUGCAGCUGUGGCCAAGAGUUCCAGCAGCUCCUGUGUGCCCUCGCCACGCUGUGCCGCUGCCUUCUUUAGACGCCCACAAGAGGCAGCCACACCCUUCAACACUCAGCAGCAGCAACAGCAACAGGUGGAGACGUCAUCGGUGGGUGAUUCGGCAUCGCUGGAGCGAAAGUCGGAGAAGAGCAAUAGUACGAUCAGCACGAGUAGCUUUACGGUCACAAAUUGCUGCACCACACAUCUGCCGCAGCUCUCAAAGUUCACCUCCUCGUUCCAUAUUGCACCAUCAACGACGACUAAUGCUACGGCAACAACAACAACCUCACAGCAGCAGCAACAAAGUGAACAACAGCCAGCAGGGGCUGCAGCGGCAGGAGCAUCAUCAUCUUCGAUGGCUGCCAACAGCAACUCGGAGAUGCCAACAACAAACUCAGCAGCAGCAGGAGGAGGAACGGCUACGUCAGCCACAAAGCGCCAGAAAGAUGUCGAGAACAAGCUAGAGAAAUGCCUGAACGACAUGCUAAAGUUGAAGACCAACAGCAACAGCAUCAUGUCGCAGUCGUUGACAGCAGCAGCAGGAGGAGGUGGAGAGCAGCAGCAGCAGCACAAAGACCCGAAGAUCACGGGGGCAUCCGUUGGCGAAGGCCCCACGAACGCCAGCAGCAGCAGCAGCGGCACUGGUGGCAGUGGCGGGAACAAAUAUGGGGGCGAAUCGCAGAUACCCGUGCCAGUGCAGCUUUACGACCCGCAGAAGCCGUUGAUGCAACAACAGCAGCAGCAGCGGAUCUGCUACCCCAUUGGAAAGUCCAAUUCUACCUCACAGCUACCGAUGGGUGGCUAUCAGCGAUUGUUGCAGCAGCAACAUUUGCAUCCGCAGCAGCAGCAACAACAGGAGCAACAACAGCAGCAACAACAGCAGCAGCAGCAGUACCCACAGCAUAAACGACCCUUCCUGAAUUGGAAUACUUUUGCCUGUUCGGCCAUGAAUGGAUCCAGCGAUCCCUUCAUGCAGCAGCAACAGCAACAUUUGUACCCGCCACAUCUCAGCCACAAGCUGCAGCAAUCGUACUCAUCCUCCCAUGUGGCAGCCGCAUCCAAGCAAACGCCCAAGUCCGGCCUGGCGCUCUUUCUGCAGAAGAACACCAACAAGGAGAAUAAAUUUGGACAGCAGCAACAGCAACAGCAACAACCAUCGCUGCAGCCUCCGCCUGGCAUGAUGCCUCAAAUGUAUGGCGCCUACCAGGCGCCGCAACCACAACCUGCCUCCAAAAUGAGUUAUCCUCGCUCUGGGGUCGGCGGACCGCUGACACACUCUGUCUCGUUUAGCUCUGCCCAGCGACCCACAGCCAUGCAGCAGCAUCAGCAGCAGCAGCAGCAGCAGCAGCAGUUCCACCAUCAACAGCAACAGCAGCAGCAUCCGCCACAUUCCAACUUUGGGCUGGGGAUGAUGAGUCGCAAUUACUAUAAUCUGCCCAAGCAGCAACAGCAGCAGCAGGAGCGCAAGCCACUGCAGACCUUUGAUCCGUAUGCCUAUCCCAAGCCGAAUCAGAUGCAGUCGUCGGUCAACAAGUACCAGCAACAGCCACAGCAGCCAACGCAUCCGCAUACGCAGCAGCAACAACAGCAGCAGCAGCAGCAAUUUCUCAAUGCUUCCGUUGGGGUUGGAGCAGCGCAAGGGGGAGGUGCCGCCGCUGGGCUUCAAUAUGAUCCAAAUACAAAUACGCAAUUGUAUUACGCGUCACCAUCGUCAUCGACAACGGCAGGCAUGCAACCGCAACAGCAGCCACCGCAACACCAACAACAGCAGCAACAGCAGUUGCAACAAAGCAAUUCUGUCAUAUUCAAUCACUCAAAUCAACAACAGCAACCACAUCAUCUACAACAACAACAACAACAGGCACCACAAUUACACCAACAACAGCAACAAAAUGAAAUGUCCAAAUCCGCAUUGGGAUUGCACUUUAUCGAGACAGCCAAGCCCGUCAUCCAAGAUGAUGCUGAUGGUCACUUAAUUUACCACACCGGAGACAUUCUCCACCACAGAUAUAAGAUCAUGGCCACACUCGGCGAGGGCACCUUCGGACGUGUGGUCAAGGUCAAAGACAUGGAGCGUGAUUACUGCAUGGCCUUAAAGAUUAUCAAGAAUGUGGAAAAGUAUCGCGAAGCUGCCAAGCUGGAGAUCAACGCUUUGGAGAAGAUUGCACAAAAGGAUCCGCAUUGUGAUCACUUGUGCGUGAAAAUGGUUGACUGGUUUGAUUACCAUGGACACAUGUGCAUAGUUUUUGAAAUGUUGGGUCUAAGUGUUUUCGAUUUUUUGCGCGAGAACAACUAUGAGCCAUAUCCGCUGGACCAAGUGCGUCACAUGGCCUAUCAAUUAUGCUACUCUGUGAAAUUCUUACAUGACAAUCGUUUAACGCAUACAGAUCUCAAGCCGGAGAACAUCCUGUUUGUCGAUUCGGAUUAUUCGGCUCACUAUAAUCAUAAGAUUAACCGGGAGGUUCGACGUGUCAAGAACACGGACGUUCGUCUGAUUGACUUCGGUUCGGCCACCUUCGAUCAUGAGCAUCACAGCACAAUUGUCUCGACGCGACAUUAUCGCGCGCCCGAGGUCAUACUGGAGCUGGGUUGGUCACAGCCAUGCGAUGUCUGGUCCAUUGGCUGCAUCUUGUUUGAACUUUAUCUGGGAAUCACACUCUUCCAAACGCACGACAAUCGCGAGCAUCUGGCCAUGAUGGAGCGCAUCUUGGGACAAAUACCAUAUCGCAUGGCACGCAACCAUACUCUUUAUAGCAAAACCAAAACAAAGUACUUCUACCAUGGUAAGUUGGAUUGGGAUGAGAAGUCCAGUGCGGGACGCUAUGUGCGCGACCACUGCAAGCCGUUGUUCCUGUGCCAACUGAGCGACAGCGAGGACCACUGCGAGCUGUUUGGCUUGAUCAAGAAAAUGCUGGAGUAUGAGCCAUCAUCCCGCAUCACGUUAGGUGAGGCCCUACGCCAUCCCUUUUUUGACAGGCUGCCACCGCACCAGCGGGUUGGUGAAAUGAGCAGCAAGCAGCCCCUCUCUUCGGGCAGCAGCAGCCGCGAGCGAUCGCACAGUCUGUCCAGAUGAGAAUUACAGCGAUUUGGUUAUUGUUGACAGGCAACGUUAAUCAAGCGUCCAAUCAUGCAAACAUACACAACAACAACAAAAGCAAAAACACAGCGCGACAACAGACGUCCAGGGACAGGAACGUCCUGGAGCAGCAGAAAUGGAGAGCAAGCGCAGCGACCACAACGGCGAACCCUAUUUUAAGUGCUAAAAGUCUUUUACUUAGUUUUGUUAACUUGACUUGUAUAGAAAUGUUUCUUAUACAAAAAUCCUACACUGUUUUCUCAUAUACAUACAAUAUUCUAUCAUAUUAGAAUGCGCACAUUGCUGUGCAUCAUUCAGAGCUGUGUAGCGCCACGAGUGCGCCUGUGCAUUGUAUCAUACCCGCCAAUAGUGUUUGUUUUGUAAUGAUAACCAAAUCGUGUAUAAUAUUGAUAGUGCGGUGCGUCUCCCCCAUCCACAUCCCGACACCGACACUGCUUGGUAGUGAACCAACCAGCCCCAGCCUAAUUGUAAAUGUCAUUGAAAUGUGCGCACCUCGAGAUGGAAGCAACACAACGACUGCAAUGAUUAAACGAAGAUACAAUUGUAAAUGUAAUAAAAUAAGAAGUCAGUCGCUAACGCGCUAGUUGAAAUGCAUAUGCAUCCCCCAUCAGCAGCACCCACCCUGUCAUUGGGAUCUCGGCUAAGUUGUAAUUAAUUAAAUACAAAAUGUACACCAUUUACCAUUUCGAGAGCGUGAUCUGUAAGCUAAUGCAUGCCAUUAAAUCACUCGUACCCCACACUCCACUCCAUUCAUGUACCGAUGUACAUAUGUAAGUGUAAAGUGCAAAGAGCAAUUGUUAUGCCGCCCCCCUCCCAGCCCCGUAUGCAUCUAGAGCGUUUUUGCGUAUUUUUUGUGUAAAUUCGGUAGCAGACCAGGCCCAGAGUCAUUUCUCUUAGAAUACGAGAUGUUUUCAGAUGUGUAGAAUUAUCGCGCCAAUCCGUUUUGUUCGUUUUCGUUCUAUUAUCGAAUAUCGAAAAAUCAACACAUACAUUUAUCCAUUGCAUACUAUAAUAUCGUCUGGACCCUAGGGAGAGUAUAUGUAUGUCCAUAUACUAAACAUACUUAAUUCAAAUGAUUGUGAGUUAGUUUAAUAUUACAUAAAUAUUAAUUAUAAAUUACAUUAUUUGCAAUUUAACCAGAUCACCAGCCUAUAAGAUA